CACAAGUAACUUGAGUCUGACGCGGAAAUUUGGCUUGCUUGAAUCCUUCAGGUUAUCUUUUCUUAUCCUGUUUUCUUACCAACCAGGUUGAGGUUUAAAUGAAUUCGUGGUUUUAUAGUUUGGUUUUGUAUUAGUGAUCUUAGCUUUGAACUACAGUCGUAACCUUGAUUCAUAGGAUAAUUUUACCAGCCUCUAAAUGUAUUUUUUAAGUAAAUAGCAUACAUUGCAGAUAAUAACCGGCUAGUGAUUUACGUGUUGUAGUUGAAUGAUACCCAUACUCGAUCUUUUACUAUGCGAUUUGUAGGCUGCUGGCUGGCACUGCUGUUAUUUUCCUAUAUUUUCUACUGUCCUUUUGUAAGAGCAAAUGACUUAAAAAAUUCCUGUCCAACAUGUAAGACAAUAGUUGAAAACUUCGAGAAGGGUUUAGACAGAACAUCUAAAAAAAAUUUUGGAGGAGGGAAUACUGCCUGGGAAGAAAGAAAAUUGUCAAAAUAUGAAACAAGUGAGAUUCGCCUUGUGGAGAUCUUGGAAAAUCUCUGUGACAGUAGCAAUUUUGAGUGUAACCAUAUGGUAGAAGAAUAUGAAGAUCAUUUUGAAAACUGGUGGUUUAAGAAGAAACAAAAAUAUCCAGAUCUGUUUAAAUGGUUCUGCAUAGACACAAUUAAAGUGUGCUGUCCAAAGGGGACUUUUGGUCCUGAUUGCAAUGCUUGUAUUGGAGGCUCUGAGAGUCCCUGCAAUGGCAAUGGAAAAUGCAAGGGGGAUGGCACUCGAACAGGUGAUGGAAAAUGCAGUUGUGACAAGGAAUAUGAAGGAGAUUUGUGUCUAGAGUGUGCAGAUGGCUAUUAUAGUAAAGAACGAAAUGACACUUUCAGUUUAUGUACAGAAUGUCAUGAGUCUUGCAAGACAUGUACUGGCCCAACCAAUAAGGACUGCAAAGAAUGCAAAAAUGGGUGGCUUAAAAAUAAUGUGGAAGAGUGUAACGAUGUUGAUGAAUGUGCUAACGAAAGUUCACCUUGCACAGAAUCACAAUAUUGCUUAAACAGUCCUGGAUCCUACACCUGCAAAGCAUGUGAUGAAGCAUGUGAUACUUGUACUGGAGAAGGCCCUGAUCAAUGUAAAGCUUGUGCCUCUGGAUAUACCCUGGAAGAUUCAAAAUGCACAGAUAUAAAUGAAUGUGAUAAUUCUGAAGAGAAAGUCUGCUCUCGUGAAAAUGAGGAAUGUGUUAACACGAAAGGCAGCUUCAAAUGCUUUUGUGCUGUGGGCUUUGAAGAUCAAGAAGGAGUUUGUGUAGAAACCAAACAGACAGAUGACCACUCUAAAAAUGAGUCCUUAGAUUCAGAGACAACAAAAGUCUUGGAAAGUACACACCAGGACUUGUGACCCAUAUUAGCAUUUCUGGAAACCACUUUAUUAAAUUAUUUGAACUCUU